AGGGCUGCCGGCCGGUGUGCUAUUAACUUGUAUUAUCCAAGAUGGAGGAUCGCUCAUGGUCCCUAGACUAGCACAAAAGUGGUCCUUUCCGUCCUAGUCAUAUCCUUCGUUAAGCAUAGGGGCGGAUAUAUUUUAUACAGCGUGACCUGGAAUAAACAAACUUUUACUUUUGGAUAUUUGCGUAGUGUUUUUCACAAACAUGAGCUCGGGGGAAGGAGCCGAGGAUACGGCUAAGGAGGCAGCCGAUAUCGCGGCGUUCUUCAAAUCUGAUGGCUCCUUUCCCAAAUGUGAACCCAAAAGUGAUGUAUCCAGUCAGAGAACAGGAUUUCACAGGAACGAAGAGAUGAAAGCGAUGGAGGUCUUGCCCAUUCUGAAGGAAAAAGUGGCCUUUUUAUCAGGUGGCAGAGACAAGCGCGGUGGCCCUGUAUUAACAUUCCCAUCACGUACCAACCACGACCGAAUACGGCAGGAGGACCUGCGCAGGCUCAUUGCCUACCUCGCUGGCAUCCCCAGUGAGGAUGUGUGUAAACAUGGGUUCACGGUUAUUGUGGACAUGCGUGGCUCCAAGUGGGACUCCAUCAAGCCCCUGCUGAAGAUCCUGCAGGAGUCCUUCCCGUGUUGCAUCCACGUCGCCCUCAUCAUCAAGCCCGACAACUUCUGGCAGAAGCAGAGGACCAACUUCGGCAGCUCCAAGUUCGAAUUCGAGACCACCAUGGUGUCCCUGGAGGGCUUGUCCAAAGUGGUGGACCCAUCCCAGCUGACGCCCGAUUUUGAGGGCAGCCUGGACUACAACCAUGAGGAAUGGAUCGAGAUCCGUGUGGCCUUCGAGGACUUCACAGGCAAUGCAAGGCACCUGCUGUCCCGCCUCGAGGAGAUGCAGGCCACCGUGACACGCAAAGACUUCCCACAGGACCUGGAUGGUGCGCGGCGCAUGAUUGAGGAGCAUGCUGCCCUCAAGAAGAAGGUGAUGAAGGCACCCGUGGAGGAGGUGGACGGUGAGGGCCAGUGCCUGCUCCAGCGCAUCCAGAGCAGCGAGAGCUACGCCAGCCGCACCGUUCCGGCAGCCGCUGGCCAGAGGGAGAGCCAGGGCACAGGACAGGCCAACGCUGACACGCAGGGCCUGGUGCCGCGCAUCACCACCCUGUUAGAGCAGCUGCACGCCACACAGCAGGCCCUCCAUCAGGCUUGGCACGUCCGCAAGUUGCAGCUGGACCAGUGUUUCCAGCUCCGCCUCUUCGAGCAGGACGCUGAGAAGAUGUUCGACUGGAUCAUGCACAACAAAGGCCUGUUUCUGGCAGGCUACACUGAAAUUGGCAACAAUCAUUCACAUGCCAUGGAGCUCCAGACCCAACAUAACCACUUUGCCAUGAACUGUAUGAACGUGUACGUGAACAUUAACCGCAUCAUGUCUGUGGGGAACCGGCUGCUGGAGGCCGGCCACUACGCGUCCCAGCAGAUCAAGCAGAUCUCCAGCCAGCUAGAGCAGGAGUGGAAGGCCUUUGCUGCUGCUCUGGACGAGAGGAGCACCCUGCUGGAAAUGUCUGCUGCUUUCCAUCAGAAGUGUGACCAGUACAUGAGUAAUGUGGACUCAUGGUGUAAGGCAUGUGGAGAAGUGGACUUGCCCUCGGAGCUCCAGGACCUAGAAGAUGCCAUCCACCAUCACCAGGGCCUGUAUGAACAUAUCACCACUGCCUACUCAGAGGUAAGUCAGGAUGGCAAAGCCUUGCUGGACAAACUCCAGCGGCCCCUGACGCCGGGCAGUGCUGAUUCUCUGACAGCCUCUGCCAAUUACUCAAAGGCAGUGCACCAUGUCCUGGACAUCAUCCACGAGGUGCUGCAUCAUCAGAGACAGCUGGAAAACAUCUGGCAACACCGCAAGGUGCGCCUGCACCAGCGCCUGCAGCUGUGUGUGUUUCAGCAGGAUGUCCAACAGGUGCUUGACUGGAUCGAGAACCAUGGUGAGGCGUUUCUCAGUAAGCACACGGGAGUAGGGAAGUCCCUCCACCGUGCCCGAGCACUGCAGAAACGUCACGAGGACUUUGAAGAAGUGGCCCAGAACACGUAUACCAACGCUGAUAAGCUGCUGGAGGCAGCGGAGCAGCUGGCCCAGACGGGUGAGUGUGACCCGGAGGAAAUCUACCAGGCCGCCCACCAGCUGGAGGACCGCAUCCAGGACUUUGUGAGGCGUGUGGAACAGCGCAAGGUUCUGCUGGACAUGUCUGUGGCCUUCCACACCCACGUUAAAGAGCUGUGGACGUGGCUGGAGGAGCUUCAGAAGGAGCUGCUAGAUGACGUGUAUGCUGAGUCAGUGGAAGCAGUACAGGACCUGAUCAAGCGCUUCGGCCAGCAGCAGCAGACCACCCUGCAGGUCACUGUCAAUGUCAUCAAAGAGGGCGAGGACCUCAUCCAGCAGCUCAGAGACUCGGCCAUCUCCAGCAACAAAGCCCCACACAACAGCUCCAUCAACCACAUCGAGAGUGUGCUGCAGCAGCUGGACGAGGCCCAGGCUCAGAUGGAGGAGCUCUUCCAGGAGAGAAAGAUAAAGCUGGAGCUCUUCCUGCAGCUCAGGAUUUUUGAGCGCGAUGCCAUCGAUAUCAUCUCCGAUCUGGACUCAUGGAAUGAGGAGCUGUCUCAGCAGAUGAGUGACUUUGACACUGAGGACCUCACCCUGGCGGAACAGAGGCUCCAGCACCACGCAGACAAAGCCCUCACCAUGAACAACCUCACCUUUGAUGUCAUCCACCAGGGUCAGGAGCUCCUGCAGUAUGUCAACGAGGUGCAGGCAUCCGGAGUUGAGUUGCUGUGCGACCGGGACGUGGACAUGGCCACGCGCGUCCAGGACCUGCUGGAGUUCCUGCACGAGAAGCAGCAGGAGCUGGACGCAGCGGCGGAGCAGCACCGCCGUCACCUGGAGCAGUGCGUGCAGCUGCGCCACCUACAGGCCGAGGUCAAGCAGGUCCUGGGCUGGAUCCGUAAUGGCGAGUCCAUGCUGAAUGCUGGCCUAAUCACGGCCAGUUCUCUCCAGGAAGCUGAACAGCUGCAGAGAGAGCAUGAGCAGUUCCAGCAUGCUAUUGAGAAGACCCACCAGAGCGCCCUGCAGGUGCAGCAGAAGGCAGAGGCCUUGCUGCAGGCCAACCACUACGACAUGGACGUGAUCCGCGACUGCGCCGAGAACGUGGCCUCUCACUGGCAGCAGCUCAUGCUGAAGAUGGAGGACCGCCUCAAGCUGGUCAACGCCUCCGUGGCCUUCUACAAGACCUCUGAGCAGGUGUGCAGCGUCCUGGAGAGUCUGGAGCAGGAGUACAAGCGAGACGAGGACUGGUGCGGCGGCGCAGACAAACUGGGGCCCAACUGCGAGACAGACCAUGUCACACCCAUGAUCAGCAAGCACCUGGAGCAGAAAGAGGCCUUCCUCAAGGCAUGCACGCUGGCCAGACGUAAUGCUGACGUGUUCCUGAAGUACAUGCAUCGGAACAGCGUCAACAUGCCAGGGAUGCUGAGUCAUGUCAAAGCACCUGAGCAGCAGGUUAAAAACAUUUUAAAUGAGUUGCUGCAAAGGGAGAAUCGUGUCUUGCACUUCUGGACCAUGAGGAAGAGACGGCUGGAUCAGUGUCAACAGUAUGUGGUGUUUGAGCGCAGUGCCAAACAGGCCCUUGAGUGGAUCCACGACACCGGUGAGUUCUACCUGAGCACACACACAUCCACGGGCUCCAGCAUCCAUCACACACAGGAACUGCUGAAGGAGCAUGAGGACUUCCACAUCACAGCCAAGCAAACCAAAGAGCGGGUGAAGCUGCUCAUCCAGCUGGCUGAUGGCUUCUGUGACAAAGGCCACGCCCACGCCGCCGAGAUCAAGAAGUGGGUGACGGCAGUGGACAAGCGCUACCGCGACUUCUCCCUGCGCAUGGACAAAUACCGCAUGUCACUGGAGAAAGCUCUCGGCAUCUCCUGUGAUUCCAACAAAGCUAGUAAGGACCUGCAACUGGACAUUAUUCCUGCCAGUACCCCAGGGUCAGAGGUCAAACUGAGGGAUGCAGCCCAUGAGCUGAACGAGGAGAAGCGAAAGUCUGCCCGCAGGAAGGACUUCAUUAUGGCUGAGCUGAUUCAAACUGAGAAAGCCUAUGUGAGGGACUUGAGGGAGUGUAUGGAUACAUAUCUAUGGGAAAUGACCAGUGGUGUGGAGGAGAUCCCGCCAGGAAUCGUCAAUAAAGAGCAUAUCAUUUUUGGCAACAUGCAGGACCUCUAUGAAUUCCACCACAACAUCUUUCUAAAAGAGCUGGAGAAGUAUGAACAGCUUCCAGAGGAUGUGGGUCACUGUUUUGUGACCUGGGCUGACAAGUUUCAGAUGUAUGUGAACUACUGCAAAAACAAACCAGACUCCACUCAGCUCAUACUUGAGCUUGCUGGCUCCUACUUUGAUGAGAUCCAGCAGAGGCACCGCCUCGCCAACUCAAUCUCUUCAUACCUGAUCAAACCAGUGCAGAGAAUAACCAAAUACCAGCUGCUACUCAAGGAACUCCUGACAUGUUGCGAGGAGGGCAAAGGAGAAAUCAAAGAUGGCUUGGAAGUCAUGCUCAGUGUACCUAAGCGAGCCAACGAUGCCAUGCAUCUCAGCAUGCUGGAAGGUUUUGAUGAGAACAUCGAGUCUCAGGGAGAGCUCAUCCUGCAGGAAUCAUUCCAGGUGUGGGAUCCUAAGACUCUGAUCAGAAAGGGUAGAGAGCGUCAUCUCUUCCUGUUUGAGAUGUCUCUCGUGUUCAGCAAGGAGGUCAAAGACUCCAACGGCAGGAGCAAGUACAUCUACAAGAGCAAGUUGUUUACCUCAGAGUUGGGUGUCACUGAACAUGUGGAGGGGGACCCAUGUAAAUUUGCCCUCUGGGUAGGACGGACACCAACCUCAGACAACAAGAUUGUACUUAAGCUAAGUCAGGGAUGCAAACAUGGAGCUAUGGCCUCCAGUAUUGAGAACAAACAGGACUGGAUCAAACACAUUCGUGAGGUGAUUCAGGAGCGCACAGUUCACCUCAAGGGGGCGCUGAAGGAGCCCAUCCACAUCCCCAAGCCUUCCACAACCAAACACAAGGGUCGCAGGUACAAUCCCAGAGAUGGAGAGGACCUGGACAGUCAGGGUGACGGCAGCAGCCAGCCGGACACCAUCUCCCUGGCCUCCCGCACCUCUCAGAACACGCUGGACAGUGACAAGCUAUCUGGAGGCUGCGAGCUGACAGUGGUCAUCCAUGACUUCAUGCCGGCGAACAGCAACGAGCUGCUGGUGCGUCGAGGGCAGACGGUGGAGGUGCUGGAGCGGCUCCAUGACAAGCCGGACUGGUGUCUGGUGCGCACCACGGACCGCUCGCCUGCCCAGGAGGGCCUGGUGCCCUGCGCCACCCUCUGCCUGGCCCACUCCCGCAGCAGCAUGGAGAUGGAGGGCAUCUUCAACCACAAGGACACCCUGUCUGUGUGCAGCAACGAUGCCAUCCUCCCGGGCUCCUCAGCCACACUGCAGCCAAGCCACGUGAUGGGCUCACACAGCUCACCAGGGCCCAAACGACCAGGCAACACACUGCGCAAGUGGCUGACGAGCCCCGUGCGGCGGCUCAGCAGCGGCAAGGCCGACGGCCAUGUCAAGAAGUUGGCUCACAAGCACAAGAAGAGCCGCGAUGUCCGCAAGAGUGCCGACGUGGGCUCGCAGAAGGACUCGGACGACAGCGCUGCCACACCGCAGGACGAGACGCUGGAAGAGAGGGUGCGCCACGAGGGCCUGAGCAGCGGCACACUGUCCAAGUCGUCCUCGUCGGGCAUGCAGAGCUGUGGAGAGGAGGAGGGCGAGGAGGGUCCCGACGCCGUGCCCCUGCCCCCGCCCAUGGCCAUCCAGCAGCACAGCCUGCUUCAGCCUGACCCCCAGGACGACAAGACGUCAUCGCGUCUCUCAGUACGGCCACCCAGCUCAGAGACUCCCAGCGCUGCUGAAUUAGUCAGUGCCAUUGAAGAGCUGGUCAAAAGUAAGAUGGCUCUGGAGGACCGGCCAAGUUCUUUGUGUGUGGAGCAGGGAGACAGCAGCAGUCCAUCCUUCAACCCUUCAGACAACUCCCUCCUCUCAUCUUCCUCCCCCAUCGAUGAGUUGGAUGAGCGCAAGACGACCUUCCUCAAGAAACGCCACUAUGUACUGCUGGAGCUGAUUGAGACAGAGAGGGACUAUGUGAGGGAUCUUGGUUUGGUUGUUGAGGGCUAUAUGGCCAGGAUGAGGGAAGAAGGUGUACCUGACGACAUGAAAGGAAAAGACAAGAUUGUGUUCGGCAACAUCCACCAGAUCUAUGACUGGCACCGAGAUUUCUUUCUGGGAGAGCUGGAGAAAUGCCUUGAAGACCCUGAUCAUCUGGGCUUGCUGUUCAUGAAGCAUGAGCGGAGGUUGCACAUGUACAUCGUUUACUGCCAGAACAAACCCAAAUCAGAACACAUUGUCUCAGAGUACAUUGACACCUACUUUGAGGACCAGAAGCAGCGUCUGGGACACAAGCUGCAGAUUACUGACUUGCUCAUCAAACCAGUGCAGAGAAUCAUGAAGUACCAGCUGCUGCUCAAGGAUUUCCUCAAGUUUUCCAAAAAAGCUGGACUGGACUCACUGGAUUUAGAGAAAGCAGUGGAGGUCAUGUGCAUUGUACCAAAGCGAUGUAAUGACAUGAUGAAUGUGGGCCGACUCCAGGGAUUUGAUGGAAAGAUAGUCGCCCAGGGUCGUCUGCUCUUGCAGGACACCUUCAUGGUGUUCGAUUCUGAUGGAGGCCUGCUGGGCAGGAUGAAGGAGAGAAGAGUCUUCUUGUUUGAGCAGAUUGUUAUUUUCAGUGAGCCUUUAGAUAAGAAGAGAGGUUUCACCAUGCCUGGCUUCCUGUAUAACAACAGCAUCAAGGUGAGCUGUCUGGGGCUGGAGGACAGUGUCGAUGGUGACCCCUGUAAGUUUACUCUGACAUCCAGAAUGUCCACGGGCAGCACGGAGGCCUUUGUCCUGCACUCCUCCCACCCUGGGGUACGACAGGUCUGGACCUUGCAGAUCAGCCAGAUCUUGGAAAGCCAGCGCAACUUUUUCACUGCAGCUCUGACUUCUCCCAUCGAGUACCAGAAGAACCAUGUGGGAGGGAGUGGGAGUGUUUCAGUGGGCUCUGCGGGUGGUGCCCACGCUGGCACUGGUGGAGGGCAGGGCAUUGUUCCUGGGGGUGGAGGUAUCGGCCCAGCUGGAUCGGGCCCCCGCUCACGCCCCUCCCGCAUCCCCCAGCCCUCCCGCCUGCCUCAGCCUCUUCGCCACCACUCUCCCGCUCUGGGCCCCGGAACUAGCGACCCAGACGGCCCUGAAAAAAUAUCAGGUAUGCCUCAGCGGCCCCUCUCUGGGGGCCCCCCACCCUCAUGCACUGCAGACCCCGACACGAGUCGAGACCCUGCCAGGCCGAAGGUGUUGGACAGUCCUCAGACCAAACGGGGCGAGCCUGCGGACAGCAUUUCCAAAGAGACCCGGGACGGCCAAGUCCCAUCACAGAUUCCCCGAGCCACAGUGCCUCCCCUGGCACUGGUCAAACCCAGGCCAGGCCCCUCCACCUUGAUGCCCACCCCUGUGGCCACGCCAGUCCUCAAAGACAACCUCCCGCCCUGCAGCCCAGGGCCUAAAACUGGGGGCUCUACCACGCCCUCUUCCACCGCCUCUUUUUGGAGCUCCAUGCCAGGCUCCCCAGCUAGCCGGCCCAACUCUUUCACGUUCCCCGGGGAGAUGUGCGAAUCGCUGGGCCGGCAGAACCUGAACCAAAGCCAUCGGCACUCCACCCACAGCAAAGAUGCAGACCGCAUGAGCACCUGCUCCUCUGCCAGCGAGCACUCGGUCCAGUCCACCCAAAGCAACGGGAGUGAAAGCAGCAGCAGCAGCAACAUUUCCACCAUGCUCGUGACACAGGACUACGUGGCCCUGAAGGAGGAUGAGAUAAAUGUGUGUCAGGGGGAGGUGGUGCAGAUUCUGGCCUCCAACCAGCAGAGUAUGUUCCUGGUGUUCCGUGCCGCCACGGAGCAGAGCCCCGCCGCCGAGGGCUGGAUCCCCGGCUAUGUGCUGGGCCACACCUCCACCAGCAUCCCGGACACCCCAGAGGGAACCAUCAAGAAAUCAUCUUCCUGGCACACAUCCCUGCGUAUCCGUAAGAAGUCGGAGAAGAGAGAGAAGGAGGGGAAGAAGGAGGGCAAGAUAGAAAAUGGUUACAGGAAGUCCAAUAAGGUUUCUGUAAAGCUUCUAAACCCUAAUUACAUCUAUGAUGUUCCCCCAGAGAUCCUGAUCCCGCUUAGUGACAUGACCUGUGAUAAGGGCGAGUGUGUCACACUCAGGUGUAAGUUGUGUGGCCGCCCCAAAGCCAGCAUCACUUGGAAGGGACCUGAGCACAACACCCUAACCAACAAUGGCCACUUCAGCAUAGCCUGCAGUGAGACUGGUGAGGCCACGCUGCGCAUUGUGGGUGUGGCCUCAGAGGAUGACGGCAUUUACACAUGUAUUGCCACGAAUGAUGUAGGGAGUGUGACAUCAUCCGCCAGUCUCAGAGUGCUGGGUACCUCCAGUGAUGGAGUCCGGGUCAUGUGGAAAGACAACUUUGAGUCUUUCUACACUGAAGUAGCAGAACUGGGGAGGGGCCGGUUUGCUGUGGUGAAGAGGUGUGACCUGAAGGGAUCCAAACGGACUGUAGCUGUCAAACUGGUCAAUAAGAAACUAAUGAAACGUGAUCAGGUCACCCAGGAGCUCAGCAUCUUAAAAAAGCUCCAGCAUCCUCACAUAGUCUGCCUACAGGACACUUUUGAGACCCCCAGCAGUUAUGCACUGGUUCUAGACAUGGCUGAUCAGGGCCGUCUGCUGGACUACAUCGUCAGUUGGGGGAACCUCACUGAAGAGAAGGUGGCUUUUUACCUGCGGGACAUUUUAGAAGCUUUGCACUACCUGCAUAACUGCAGGAUAGCCCAUCUUGAUGUCAAGCCUGAAAACCUGUUGGUGGAUCAGGGCUCCUCUCAGCCCACGGUGAAGCUUACGGAUUUUGGGGAUGCAGUACAGCUGAAUUCCGCCCAUUACAUUCACCCUCUCCUUGGCAGUCCAGAAUUUGCUGCCCCCGAGCUGGUUCUCGGGGACCCUGUCUCUCUAACCUCUGACCUCUGGAGCCUCGGGGUGGUCACCUAUGUGAUGCUGAGUGGGGCGUCGCCCUUUCUGGACGAGAGCGUUGAGGAGACGUGCCUGAACAUCUGCCGGCUGGACUUCAGCUUCCCUGAUGACUACUUCCAGGGCGUGAGCCAGGAGGCGCGGGACUUUGUGCGGCUGCUGCUGCGUCUGGAGCCUUCUCGGCGCCCCCCAGCCGCUGCCUGCAUCCAGGAGCCCUGGCUGAGGCCGGGGGGCAACCGUUGCUCGGCUGAGUGCAUCGACACCUCCAGACUCAUCUCCUUCAUAGACCGGCGCAAACACCAGAAUGACCUGCGACCGCUAGGAGGCAUCAGGGCUUUUCUGCACAGCAGGCUCCACCCUAGGAUCUGAGCAGAGAAAUGCAUCAAAUCAUCUCAUCCUCUUUCAGUGGCCAGGUGCUAUGUGUUGGAAGCUUUCGUUCCCCAGCCAAUUGAGUUGUGUGGAAACUACCACCUUAGUCAAUCAGAGCCACGUAGAACACAAUUCAACAACGAGCGAUAUCUGUGGAUAAGUUGUGUUUACCCAGUCUUAUGCUGCUGACUGGUUUAAAAUUUUAAGGACUUAAAAUUUAAGGAUUCUAUCAGUGGAAUACAUAUAAACUGUUUCAGUGAUUGCCUGAUGAAUGAAGCCACAAUGACUACUUUGUGUGUAAAGUGCACCUGCACAACACUGGCAGAGCUCUUCUGGGAAGAAAGCGAUGCAAACUUUUUUCCCCCAUUUAGCCUGAGCCAGAGGGAACAAGUUGUUCUUUAGCGCUUUUACAGUAUUGAACUCCAAACCUGGGGAGGCUUCCUUUAAGUAACUUUUAAAAAGAAAAUGAGAAAAUAUGAAGCUGAUGAUAUCUACAAAUUUUCAGGUACAAUUUUGAGAGAACACUAAAUAAUUAAACAAAAAAAGAUACCUAAUAAAGGAAAUGGAAAGGAUUUGAAUCUGCACAGAAUGGACUGAGCUUGGCACAUGCAGAUCAAACGUGAGGGCAGUUUCUUUCGAAUCAUUUAAACAGAAAUCAAAGCUUGUUGGUCACAUAGCUUAAAAAGUUGCUUAGUCAAACAACUAUGAUCAUGUCACAUUUAAUUUUGAAGUGCUGCAAGAAAAUUAAAUUUUUAACUUUGCUUUAACUAGAGCAAAUUGUGUUGUGCAAUUUAAAGAUGUAUAAGCCUUACUUUGUACAUAGUCUGUGUCUGCCAUUUUUUAGUUUUCUUUUCUUUUUUUUUCUUUUUUUAAUGCUGUAUGUUCACAAAGACUAUCCCAGGAUGGGGGAACCCCAGCGGAAGAUAGCCAUAGGGCAGCAGACAUGAACUCAAGAGGAAGACUGAAUACUGUAAAUGCACUCAUUGUAUUAUGUUUCAGAUUGUUAUUAUGUGCAAUGUUGCAGCUUCAACAGUUUAUGCAACUAUUUAUGAAGACAUUUGUUGUACCUGUAAUAAAUAUAUAGACAAGCAUGUACUUGGUACUGCAAGUCCUACUGUUAAUUGUGUUUAUUUAACCUGGAUGAUAUCCUUAGUUUUGAGUAUUAUUUUUCCCUGUCUCACCACAGGGUAAUUGUCUACAUGGCACUUAUAUGUUUUUGUCACUUUUUGGUUGUCAUUACUGUUAUACCAAAGCUCAACUAGCUUUAUGACUUUUGUUUCCCCUGCGUUUUUCCAUUUUAAGCCAUGACGGGUUGUUUACGUGUAAUUACCAUUAGCUUUUUAUCUUCAAGUUUGGACAUUUCCAAGAUACUAUUGUCAUUUCACAGAAUAUACAUUUGUUUUUCUGCACAUUAGUUGCAUUUGAGACCAUAUUCCCAUAAAAAAAUGUAACCCCUAGCAGUCUUGGUGAUUUUUCAUGCUUUCUUGUGAUGGCAAGAGACCCUUGAUAUAAAUGUGAAGCCUUUAAAUUAUGAUAUUUAUAUAAUAUCUCACCAUUACAGAUAGCUUUUAUACAAAUGUAGGUCAAAGGCCUUGGAUAGUUUUUUUGGUGGCACAUUGGCUUGAAAAAAUUUUUUUUUCGACAAUUUUACAAAGUAACAGUAGUGUCAGCUCUGAAAAGAGUCUUCUCUCUAGCAGCUGUCCAGUGGUCUGCAGCCUACACUUAACUGCCACUCAUCUGUAGAGCCCAGAGAUCCCUGCAUCCCCACAUUCAGCUUCACAGAAUGUGGGGAGAGGACAGAAGCUUUCCAGUAGGAGGGGAUGUGGUGGAUUCAUCUGUAUAGUCCGAUAUCUUCUUUCUUUUUUUGUAAUUUAUUUGUCAUUGUAAAGUUGUACAGACACCGUAUAUCAAAAGUAGGACUGGAUGCAUUUUAAGGUUCUGUCACUGACCUUACUUUAGUUCCAAGCUCAUUGUAUUAAUGUAAGUAUCAUUUUUCAUUUUUGUUUCAAUUAUUUUAUACUUUUGCAUGUAUAUUUCUUUGUACAGAGCCCAUAAGUGUUUACGCAGUAUGUGCUGUAAAUAUUUUCAGUUUUGCCAUCGGUCAUUUUGAAAUUAAACAUACAGAACAUUC